UCAUCUUCACCACAGCAGAGGAGAGCUCACCUGAACUAAGCAGAGCAGUAUGGGAGCAUCAUCCAGUUUACUGGAUGAAAACAAAUCCAACUACAUAAAAGGGCAAGCGGACGAAAAAUUUAAGGAGUUUGCACCGAUUUAUAGGAAACAAUAUUCUCUGGCUUACCUGUCCCAGAUCCGAGAUGAACUUGAGCAACGCAAAGAGGAGCACACACAGCUUCUCAAACAACGGGCCUCUCCAGAGCCUGGAAAGGUGUUGUAUGAAGAGAAUGUGCAAUGCUUUGAUGACAGCAGGAAGUGGAAGGAUAGAUAUAUAGUAAUCCGUGCCAAUUACGUCCUGGAGUGCUAUGAGAGCUACAAGAGGUUUUUGAAAGGCUCUCCUCCACUACACAGACUGAUGCCUACAGGAGGCACCAUUCUGACUACAGAAGAGAAAUACAUGGAAAUGAUUAACCAGUGCUGCCCUUGCACUAGCAAUGUCCAGGAAGAUUUUGCACCCCCUGUGGCGGACAUGCCAGGGCAGUUCCCAGUUUAUCUUAGACUUCCAUACCGCCGGGAUUUCUAUUUCUGUUUCCAAGAUGAGAACUCUCAAGUUGAAUUCAUCUCCAUCUUAUCUGACUGUGUUCGCCACCAGAACAAAGAUUUUCUCAAGAAGACGAAGUGUGAGGUUAAGGCUUUCCUCAAAGCCAUUCAGCUCUAUAGGCAAGAGAAAGGCCAGUAUGAAUCAUGGGAUAUGCUCCUAGGCACCAUGGUAACUGAGCCAGCAACGAAAUACUGCACAGAGCAGGUGCAGCCGUACCUGCCAGCCAUCUUGGAGGAAGUGAUGGGACCCAUAAGCCUGGGCUUCACAGAGGCCCGGGACUUGAGCGAGGGCAUGAUGGAGCAGCUGUGUCAGGACUUCCAGGACGCUGAGCAGAGGGAGGAGCUCCGACAGGCUCUGUUUAAGAUGAGCAAGGCUAAUUUACAGAGCUGUUAUGAGAAAGUGAAUGGACUGGCAGAUCACGUCCAAGAGCUACAGCAAACCUUCAACUAUCGCAUUAAAGGUCUGGUGGACAGCACACAGAUAGACAUAAAACAGCUGAUGGAGAAUACAGAAAACACCUUUGAGCUGCUUGUGCGAAAGGCUCUGGAGGAUCCAUCGGUCAGUCUUUCAAUGGCUAUGCAAAAGGCUUCGAACAGGGUUCUGAAGCAAUUUGAUUAUGACAGCAGCACAGUGAGGAAGAGGAUCUUGCAGGAGGCUUUGAUCAACAUCACUCUACCCAGCAUCAAGAAGCACCUGGCCCCAUCCUUUAUAGAGGAACUACCCAAAUUUGAGCAAUACAUAUUUGCUGAUUAUACAAACUUCAUUAAUGUGGAAAACGUGUACGAGGACAUUAUCCAGGAGAUACUGGAAAAAGACGUCAGCAUGGUGGUCAAGGAGGCAGCCAGCAAGAAGAAAUUCAACCUGUUCUCAGAGAGCAGAUACAAUUUCAGUGUGUCCAGCUUAUCCUUCACACCCCCAGGAUCCGCACCCAGCAGCCCAGGACACUUAAAUACCUCCCCAAGACUGCGCACACACAUGCCUCCCUCCCCGCUGCUGGGCAAUGGUCUGACAGCAAACCAAUCUGUGACUGUUCACUUGUCAGAAAGCAAUGCACUGGAACAAGCUCUGCCUAUCAUGGGAAAAAUCGAUGAAGGAGAAAACAAAACACUCUUAGAGGAGAGCAGUGAUGAUGUAUUUAUCACUGCUGAAACAUCAACCUUGGAUACAUCAGCUGAGACUAAACCAGAACUCACCACAAAUGCCAUGGAAGCUUUGGUCAGUUCCAUUCCCAUUAUUAAGGUAACAGAAGCUGUAGAAAGUGCUGGUAGUAGCAAUUUACCAGCAGGAGGUGAUGCAACGUCUUCAGACUUUGCUAAUAAGCCCACAGUAGUAGUCAACCCAAUCUGUAUGAAAACCUCUGGCUCUAAUGGUGAGCGUGCUGAAACUGAGGACAACAGCGAGGAAAUGACAGAAGAUUCAUCAAAUGAUCCAGCCCGGAUUAAGGCACUAAUACAUGAAGAAAGCACAUAUCCGAUCGCAGUUUGUUUAUCUAUUCAAGAUGCAGAGGACGGAGAUAUCUACAAAGAGUUCACAGGCAAACAAAUCAUGGAUCUUUCAGAAAAAGCCUCAGAAUCCCAGUCUUUACCAAACCUAGAGGAUGAGCCCAGGCCCCUGGACUGUGUGAAGGAGAUCCGGGACCUGGUAGUGGAGGUUAUUGAAAUAGAGGACAUGGUUCAGCCUUCCAAAGACAAUGGAGAAAAAGUUCAAGUUCAAACGUUCGAGGAACAAGAUGCUGUAGUUUAAGUUUCAAUGACCAUGUCGGGAAUUAAAACUUGUUCACCCCUUCAUUUUUUUGUGUUAGGAGACAAACUGUACAUUUUGAAGUUGGUUUCAUCAUUGCACAGAAGGUAAUUAUAGUUUACUGUAGAUAUACUGUAUAUGUAUAUACACACCACUAUUCAAAUGUUUGGGGUCAGUAAGAUUUUUU